AUGAGUAAGCGACGGUUGAUGAAAGCUUUACACUUGGCCGUCAUCGUGGAGAGUAAAGUCAGUGACGGCAACGUUCGCGAACAAACGAACAAACUAAAAUUUCCUUUUUCAAUAAAAGAAGAUGUAAUAGAGUAUGAAAAACUAUUGCAAAUAAAUAGUAAUGACAGAGAAAAAUUGAAAAUUAUGUAUUGCUCAAUUGGUGGAAAUGAUGGUAGAUCACAUUUACGACGUAUUUUGUCCAAAAUGUUAACCAAUAAACUUGCAAUUGAUUGUUCUUGGACAGGCAGGGCAUUUGAAAAAGAUCUGACAAAAUUUAAAGUGAAAAAUUUACAGAUUAUUUCAAUAAUAAGAGGUGUUAUACAAAAUAAAUAUCAACUUUCUGAUUCUGUGUUUGAAAUGGAUGAUCAAAGUUGGUUCAGAACAGCAAAAACUCGUUAUGACAGGGAAAAUGCUGCCAAAAAUCCAUAAACGAGUCAAAGAUAUUGGAACUAUUUCUAAACACCAAUUUCAAAGGCGUAUAAGAAAUAAAAUUCAAUUACACAACAAUAGUUUAACAACUGCUACAAAUUUUGAAACUCAAUCAUCAUCCCAGAGCCCCAACCCAUUGAUGACAUACUGUAUGUAACUAAUGAUAACCAGGAUAUACAACAAGAUUUAGUUCAUCAAAUUCGAAAGUGAG